GACCAGCAUCACUCUGCAGUGGAAUAAAGUCAGCAGCAACACCAGCUUUGUUCUCCAGUUUAAUGGCACAGAGACAAACAUCAGUGCACCAGAUGGAGAUGGACCGGUGAACCAUACAGUCUCAUUUCUCUUUGCUGGAACUAAAUACACAUUCAUGCUCUUUUCUGUGUUUGAAAACAUCAGAAGCAGUGGAGUACAACUUAGCGCUGUCACCGCUCCCAAAAACGCAGAGGCUGUGAGAGUAUCAGAACAAAAUGAGACCAGCAUCACUCUGCAGUGGAAUAAAGUCAGCAGCAACACCAGCUUUGUUCUCCAGUUUAAUGGCACAGAGACAAACAUCAGUGCACCAGAUGGAGAUGGACCAGUGAACCAUACAGUCUCAUUUCUCUCUGCUGGAACUAAAUACACAUUCAUGCUCUGUUCUGUGUUUGAGAACAUCAGAAGCAGUGGAGUACAACUUAGCGCUGUCACCGCUCCCAAAAACGCAGAGGCUGUGAGAGUAUCAGAACAAAAUGAGACCAGCAUCACUCUGCAGUGGAAUAAAGUCAGCAGCAACACCAGCUUUGUUCUCCAGUUUAAUGGCACAGAGACAAACAUCAGUGCACCAGAUGGAGAUGGACCAGUGAACCAUACAGUCUCAUUUCUCUCUGCUGGAACUAAAUACACAUUCAUGCUCUGUUCUGUGUUUGAGAACAUCAGAAGCAGUGGAGUACAACUUAGCGCUGUCACCGCUCCCAAAAACGCAGAGGCUGUGAGAGUAUCAGAACAAAAUGAGACCAGCAUCACUCUGCAGUGGAAUAAAGUCAGCAGCAACACCAGCUUUGUUCUCCAGUUUAAUGGCACAGAGACAAACAUCAGUGCACCAGAUGAAGAUGGACCAGUAACCAGCAUCAAUGGUCUUGCUGUUACCAGCUAA